AUGCGUUGGACCGACGAAAACGAACAGAUUCUCUGGAAGCUCAUCUUCGAGACCCAAACCAUCACCCUCGACCUGGACAAAGUCGCUCAGGCAUGGCCCGGAGAUGACAAGCCCACUCCCAAGGCGAUCGAAAGACACCUGGAGAAAUACCGCAAGAGCGGAAGUGGAGUCGGCUUCCAGAAAGGCCAGCAGAAGCGAGCUGACACCGAAGCCGGACCGGCGACUCCUAACAAGAAACGCAAGAAGGCUGCUAAGAGUGCCAAGGCUGGCAAGGACGAGGAGGAGGAUAAGGCGCCUGCUGCUGGUGCUGCUGCGGGCGAUGAAGAGUGAAGCUCGUGAUGAACAAGAUGGGAGGACAUUUCAGCGGGUUGCAAAGGUUGGGGAAGCUUAUGAAGAUUGGUGAAGGGGAUUCAGUAUUGAGAAUAAUCUGGGCGGUGUUUGGAGAGCGCG